AUGUUUAAUACGAACUUUUUAGGUGAUGAGCCAGAUUUUAAUAUGUACCUUUUGAAUAACAAACCUAAUAUAGGGCCUAAUAAUAAACCUAAUAUGAAGCCUAAUAAUGAACCUAAUAUGGAGCCUGAUAACAAACCUGAUAUGGAGCCUGAGCCUAUAGAAUCUGAUAUAGAGUCUAUAGAAACUAACCUUGACUGUAAUGAUGAAAGUAGUGACAAAAGUAAUGGCUGGAGUUCUGAUGAAGAUAUUUCAUUAAUAAAUUUUGCUUAUCAUAAUGGUUUUAGUGUUCGAAAGUAUCAUUCUGAAAAGUUAAAUAGAAAAUGUAUUAGACACACAUAUUUGUAUCGAUACUUUUCUAUAUAUAAGCCUGUAAAAGAUAAAAGUUUAGAAAAACAAAGAAACAAAAGUUCUGCUCAGAUUGACUGUCCUUGGAAAAUUCAUAUUCGAUUUCAAAAAAAGAGUUAUGAUUUAAGGGUUUUCUCAUUUGUUGAUAAGCAUGAAAGCCAUCCUUUAACUCCAGUAAAUUGCCAAUUUGCAUCUCAAUAUCGAUGUUUAACUCAAGAAAUUUCUAAAGACAUUAAAUUUUAUACUCAAGAGGGUCACUUAGGAGCAACUGACCAAUAUCACUUAUUAAAGGCUUCAUAUUCCCAUCAUACUUUAUACAAGAAAGCCAUCUAUAAUGCAAUACAACAAUUUCAUAAUGAGAAAUGUGUGUUAAAAGCUACAAACUACGUUGAACCUAAUGUCUUUAUGACUGAUACCAAUCUGGCUAUGUCUUCACAAAGGGCUGAGGCAACUAAUUCUGUUAUUAAAAAACAGUUAAAUUAUCGAAACAUUAGCCUUUACAAUCUAUUUAUAGAACUUGAAAAAAGACUUGCAACUGAACCUAUUGAUAAUAUUAUUAAAAAUUUUUUAAUGCCAACAAGUUUAAAAAAACAACAGGAUCAAAUGAAUCUUAGUGCACAAUAUCAUGCAACAAGAGUUUCACAUAAAGAUCAAUAUAAUAAGCAGAUUCAAGAAAUAGAUGAUAAAUAUAUCGAUGAUAUAUUUGACUAUCCUCAAGCUUUGACAUCACAUAUUUUUCAGCAAUUUAAUAAUUCGAUUACUAUGUUUAAAGAUACAAUUAGUAACAGCGCAGUUGAACAAUCAGCAGUGAUUUUGAUUUCUCAAUUUGAUAUUAGCAAUUUCGAAGUUGGUGUACAACCUAAUUAUGAUACUCAAGCUAAAACCAACACUAUUUCAUUGUUAUGUGUGGGUAUUAAAGAUCUAGACCAGAAUUUAGAUAAUUAUCAAAACAUUCAAAAAAGAUAUUAUACAAAUCAAGAAAAGAUCAAAAAAUGGACAUUUUAUUAUAAACUUUGGGGUGUUGCUUAUAAAGCUACAGAGAUCGCUACAAAUGCUAAAGAUUAUAGUCUUUUAGAAAUACUUAAUAAUUAUAUAAAUAGAUCUAUACAUGAGUCAAGCUUUCAAACUAAAUCUCAAAUAAGUAGUUCUAGCAAAGAGAAUCAGGUUAUAGAAGAGAAUGAUGAAGUUAAACAAAUUCAAAAUCUAAUUAAAAGAUAUGGAAAAGGAAGACUUUCUGGAAGACCUACCAAAAAAUUGUGUAUACAGAAUAGUUUAGAAAAAGAACAAUUAGUUAUGGCUUCUCAAAAUAUUGAUAAUAAUAACUCUAAUAUCAAAAAAUACAAAUAUAGUCUUUGCAAUUCAUUAUUUUAUACGAAGGCACAUUGUUCUUUAAAUCCUAAAAGGAAUAGACAACUGCUACAAAAACUUCCGUUAUAA